GCCUCCCACUCAAAAGUGUUAGGAGGAAGAUUAUGAUCCCUGAAAAUGCGUUAGAGAGGGUGUGACUGUAUCCUGACCUUUAAAAACAGAUAAAAUCCGCGAACGAAAUGCUCAGACUCGGUUGUUGGUGCUGAGUUCUCGGUCGGCUGGAAAUGGCUCCGCUGCGUUCAAAGUUCUCGAUGUUGUGGCUCCUUGUUGUUUUGACAGCUUGUGCGACUGAAGCUGCGUGGAGACCGAAACUAAUCGGAGAUGAAGCGGCCUUUGAGUCCAAAGAGAACAUGCUCAGCCUGAGAUCCCAAAAAUCCUCCACGGCCGCCGGGCCGGAGCCAGGGGACCUGGCCGAAGCGUUCACCGUCCGGACUCUGGAUGGGGAGUUCUCGUACCAGCCCGGUGCUCUGCGGGGACCUCUCAUCAUCCACGCCUUCACCAACAAGUCAGGGUUUCUGGAGUGCCUGUGGAGCUCCGAGUCGUCUCUGACCAGCCUGGUGCAGGACCUGCCCGACAGCACCCAGGUGCUCUUCCUGUCCAUGGACGACUCUUCGGUCACUGAUGCUCUGUGGAUGCGGGACCAGCUGCACCGGGUCGCCAUGCACAGUAAGAAGGAGGUCCUGUCCAGGCUGCACUUCUCUCCGGUGCCGGUCUUCGCUCUGGGGAACUGGAUACCCCUCGUGCUUUACUACUGGGGCUGCAUGUCUCGCCUUUCCCAGGCUGUUUUCACCUCUGAGGGGUGGCACAUGCCUGUGAUCGUCAAGAGACUGGACGCCCGGUACGAUUGGCUCAGCACGCGCUGGGGUCAGAGGUCGUAUCAGCUGAUGGAUGGGGGCGACGGGUGUGAACCUUCCCCCUCGGUGGCGGGUGCGGUGGCCUGGGUGUCUGAGGGCAGCUGCUCUUUCUUCACUAAGGUGCAGAGCAUGGUCAAAUCCAACGCCUCCGGGGUCCUUGUCUACGCUCUUCCUGGUAAUCCGAUCCAGGACAUGAACUGUGUCGGGGACGAAUGCAACACAACGCUGAGCAUCCCGGCUGCCAUGGUGCACCUGGAGCCUUCGGUCGCUCAGGAGCUCCGGUCUGGACGGAUGCUGUAUGUGUCCUUCCAGUACUCCCCUGCCCCCAGGUUCUUCUUCGGUAUUGACCAUCAGGGGGCGCUGGCUGAGAUAGGCGGGUUUCUCUACCCCUCGUUCAGCUUCCUCAACUGGCAGGCACAGUGGUUUGAUUUCUACGCAGAUCUGCAGACCAAACUCCAGAAUCCCGCGAAGGUUGUUCCUGUUUUUGACAAAGUCCAAAUGCAGGGCGAGGAAGGGGCCGUGGCCACAGUCGACCUGCCGUUAGGCCUGUCGGACUUCAACGUGCUGGAGCUCGACGCGUCCCUGUCGUGUCCCGGUAAGAGAGACAGUUCCUGCGCUCACUGGGAUCACACAGUGCAGCUCUUUAUCUGCUGCGACCGCGUCGGCCCGUACUGCAACAUGGAGCUGGGCCGGUGGAUCACUGCCUUCCGCAGAGGCAUCGGGCGCUGGCUGACCGACGUGUCCCCUCUGCUCCCCCUGCUGGACAGCAACAGAUGCACCUUGACCAUGAAGACGGUGCCGUGGGCGAUGCCGUGGAUCGUCUCCCUCAACCUGAGAUUCAGUAUCGGCAACCAGACAGGUAGAGACUGUGAUGUAGCGCUGCACCUGCAGCUGAAACCUGUCGUGGAGUUUGUGGGUGCAGGUGAUGGUACGGAGCUGCUCCACCCCUUCAGAGUAAUGCCGCUGUACAGCGGGGGAACCUUCGACAAAAACUACAACAAGAGAUACCAGCCAAUCAAAUUCUCCGUUCCAGCAUCAACCAAGAAGGUGGAGCUGUACGCCGUCAUCACCGCCCACGGCAGCGAUGACAACAGCUGUGGAGAGUUUUGUGUCACCUCCCACCACUUCCAGUUCAACACCGUCUUUAACAACACGCUCGUGUUCGAUUCUGCAGGAACGCCUCUGGGCUGUACCACGUUGGUGAAAAAGGGUGCCGUACCAAACGAAUACGGCACGUGGCUGUACGGGAGAGGAGGCUGGUGUGACGGACUACAGGUCGACCCCUGGAGGAUCGAUAUCACCAAACAGCUGGACAUGAGCGAGUCUGAAUCCAACACUGUCGUCUACUUCGGUUUGUUCGAAGGGCACGAUCCUAAUCCAUCCAAAGACCCUGGAUACAUCAUCAUGUCGUCCUUUCUCAUCUUUUACAAGUGAUUCCACUCUCUGGAAUUCGACAAGUUAAAUAUUGAUAUGAAUGAAUUCAUGUGUGACUAAAUGUACAAUCAAACCAAAGAUUAAAUGUCUAUUUUCCUACUGC